UUGCACCAUGAGCAUGUUCUUCUUCACAGCUUUGUCUUUCUUCUUCCUCUGUAUCUAUGGUAGCUGCGAUUCUGUUAAUAGCACAAAAGAUGACCCAAUUCCUCCAUAUACCACCUCCUAUUACACUCAGCAGCUGGACAAUUUCAAUUCAAAUGACAAGAGAACUUUUAAUCAAAGAAUACUAACAGCAAAGCAAUACUGGAAGAAUGAUGUAUUGCUAUUUUAUCCUGGUAAUGAGGCCCCAAUAGAUGAGUUUUACAACAACACUGGUUUUUUGUUCAAGCUUGCAGAGAGAUUCCAAGCAUUAGUAGUGUUUGCAGAGCACCGUUAUUACGGAGACACUCUUCCCUUUGGCCCUCAAGAUACCUUCACUCCAGCCAACAUGGCUUACCUAUCUGUGGGACAAGCAAUGGCUGAUUUCUCAAGACUGUUAUUGUACUUUUAUGCACAUAGUUAUGGCGGUAUCCUUGCUGCACUGCUAAGAUACCAGUAUCCUGCUGUGUUUGAUGGGGCACUGGCCGCCAGUGCUCCCAUGUACAUGACAGCCGGACUUACCGAGUCUACAGCAUUCUUCCAGAAAGUGACGCAGGAUUUUGCUGAUGCUGACAGUGCAAGUCCUGAUGUUGUGAGAGGAGCGUAUGCUGAUAUUAUUAAGAAUGCUUAUGAAGGGAAUUUUCAAUUUAUAACUGACUCAAUGAGACUCUGCAAUACAUUGACUGUCGAUAAGGUUGAACACCUGCAAGGAUGGGCACGUGAUGCCUUCACUACAAUGGCUAUGGUAGACUAUCCUUAUCCUGCCUCGUUUCUAGGCGAACUCCCAGCCUAUCCAGUCAACAUAGCAGCUGGUUUAUUAACGAGUUCCACCACGACUAAUAGAAUGACAAAAUUAGCCGAUGCAGUUGGUAAAUUGAAAAUAUCCCUACAAUAUACAUGUAUUCUCAAAUGAAAGACUCUCUCAAUUAGAAGCU